UAAGCAUACUAAAAACUUUCGUAAACAUAUUAUGAGUCAUGAUCCAGAAUUUGUCAGAAUGAGACAACAAACCCAUCUAUGUCAUAUCUGCGGUAAGAGGCUUCUUAAUUCAACAGAACUUAAUAUACAUUUGCGAUCGCACUUUAACAUCCUGUUGGACUCCUGUGAAAUUUGUGGCAAGUCCUUUCUGAGACGAUCCACGUUAAAUAGGCAUGUACGUACUGUGCACUCUAAAGAGCGAAGCUACAAAUGUGAACAGUGUGACAAAUCAUACACUGGAAAGUGUGCUCUACAGAGGCAUCAGAGAAUCCAUAGUGAUCCGUCUACACACUUUUCAUGCACUCAUUGUGAUAAAAAGUUUGCUCUCAAAUCUGUUCUUGUUGAGCAUGAAAUGACUCAUAGUCCAAUGCAAGGUAAAAUUUUCAAUUGCAGCAUUUGUCCAGCAAAGUUUUUUAAACCUUAUCUUCUGAAGCAGCAUAUGAGAAUCCACACCAAAGAGAAGCCAUACAUCUGUGAAUGUGGCAAAAGUUUUAGUCAAAAAGGCAAUCUGAAUGUCCACCAAAAAACUCAUAAAGGUUUCAAGAAGUUUCAGUGUACGCAGUGUGACAAAGGGUUUACCAGGGUAGAGUACUUACUGCGGCAUGAGGAAGAGAAACAUUCAGAAGAACCAGGACACUUGAAAAAGAAAAUUGAGCAGAGUUCAAACAUUCAGACUAGAUCCCCAUCUCUAGACGUUAAAUUGGCAUCUCAUAAUUUGAAAGCAAAGUUAUCACAAACUGGAAAUCCACCUUCCAAAAGAAAACAGAGCACAAAAAUGGUUGAAGCAAACAAAAUCAGUGUGAUUCAGACUGAUGAGGAACCAGUCAAAGAAGAAAUGUCUAUUGAGAUUAAAAGUUUUGGUGAGGAAUCUCUUAAAGAGGAAAUGAAUAUUGAGUCAAAAAACUGUGUAAAAUCCACUGUAGAGAAGACUAGUACUGUUAAAGAGGAGGAAACCACAAUUGAUCAGUGGAUAACAGGUCUAAAUUAAUUUUUCAAUUCAUUAAGACAGAGUUAUAGCAAUCAAAAGUUAGCACUUUGGUCCUUG